AUGAGCAACAAUCCCAGAAAAUUCAUGCCAGUGAGGAGAAAUGGACAGCAAAACUCGAAUAACACGGCCAGCGACAACGAUGGACGCGCAUCAGUCGCUUCCACAGCUUCUGGAACAUCUGCUGGCUCGCUCGCGGGCCCAAGGAUCCCCUUUUUGCCGUCUUCGCACUCGGGUACAACGACAAUUCGAAACCAAAUGAACGAACUGGCCAGAUCGCGCUCAGUCGUCAAGCCAUUAGCCACUUCUACCUUGUUGGCGCGUCCCGUCUCGUCUCUUGGUGCAUCAAGGAGUAGAUCCCCUGUGAAGCCUCCUUCUAGUCCUACAAAGACGCGCAAAGUCGUCUUUGAUAGUCCUGCCACCAGUCCAACAAAAAUCAAUGCUCGGGGUUUGCCAGGGGAAGAGGAUGAAGAACCGUUCUCUCCUAGCCAUUUAGUGGAUGCUACGAUCAUCUCCGACAUAGAUCUCUCUGUAGAUUUUGAUCCCAACGAAUUAUCAAGGAUGCUGGCCGACGAGCAAGCGCGCGAGGACGAAGCACGCUCCGACGCGUUAGACAAGGUCCUUGUUUCUAUCAGAGUAAAGCCUAUUAAUGAUGACGAGGAGGCUUGGAAACCAGAUACCGAAGAGGCAAAGAUCAUGAUCAAGGGGCAGUACGCAAGAACUACUACGAGUGUCAACAAUGAGUAUAGAUAUGACAACGUCUUGGCCGGCUCAAAUAACAAACUCGCUUAUGAAGCCACUGCUCGUCGACAUGUUCGUUCAGCUAUGGAAGGAUUCAACUCUGUCGUAUUUGCAUAUGGGCAAACGGCCAGUGGAAAGACCUAUACAUUGAGUGGUACAGAUGAAGAUCCAGGUAUCAUCCCUCGGGCGAUGCGAGAUGUGUUUGGGUAUAUCAAAGCUACACCCGGCCGUGAAUACCUUCUCCGAGCAUCCUAUCUGGAGAUCUACAACGAGCAAAUUCACGACCUCUUGGCACCAGGUAUCGGAGUAGCGCGUGUGCCUGUCAUGCUCCAAGGAACAGGGCUCAAUGUGACCAUGACACCCCUCAGGGAGGAGGUCGUCACCAGUCUUAAAGCCGUAAAGGAAGUAAUGGAGCGUGGCGAGAGUAAUCGACGCACAGCCAACACGGACUGGAAUGAGCGCAGCAGUCGGUCACAUUCGGUUUUCCGAUUGGUGAUUGAAAGUCGAGAGAGGACUGCCGAAGGCUCCACACCGAAUCUGCCUUCUGCCUCCAGCAGUUCGAAGCUCCACGCCCCCGGUGCCAAUGGUGUGCGCAUGAGCGUUCUCUCUCUAAUUGAUCUCGCUGGGAGCGAGAAGGCAACAUCGGAUAAAGAGCGUGCCAAAGAGGGAAAGUACAUCAACACAAGCCUGCUCACGCUCGGAACUGUUAUCGGAACGCUGGCUGAAAACGCGUCAAAGGGGAAAAGCGAUCACGUUCCAUUUCGAAACUCGAAACUUACAAGGAUGCUUCAACCUUCUCUGUCUGGAGACGCGCGCAUCUCCGUCAUUUGCACCUUGAACCCGUCGCCAUCCGCCGUCAGCGAAUCUCUCAAUACCCUGGGUUUCGCCUCGAGAGUGAAACGAGUAUCACUAAAUGCUACAAAGAAGGAGAUUGUCGAUCAUGAAGCCCUUCUCGAGAGAUACCGCAAGGAGAUUGAUGAACUCAAGGCAAAACUGCGGGAAAAAGAUGCCCAAGAACGCAAAGUAAAUCGACGACUAAGCAUGCGAGAGAAAGCAGAUGAACACAGAGAUAAGACGGAUCUAAACUUGCGACUCCAGCAACUAUCCAAGCUCAUCUUGACAAGCCAAUCCGUCGAUCUGCCUACCGAAACCGCAGGGAGCCCAACUAAGCUCGACUUUGAUCUCACACCAUACGAGCUACAAGAAGAGCUUCAUAAUGCACGGAAAAGGCUGGAAAUGCAGGAGACGCAAAUACUCUCCCUUGAAGCGGCAUUGGCAGCCCGUCCCGCGCUCGGCUCCGAUGCACCGGAAACGGAAAAGGAUAAACUCAUUGCGGAGCUCCAGCAAACUAAUCGUGAGCUUACUAUUGUCGUACAAGGAUACGAGGCAAACGUAGGCGAACCGUUGGUGGCUGUCAAGGAGGAUGUGGAGAAAGAGUGGAUCGAUAAACUCAAUGCACUCGAACAUCAACUCGAGGAAAGUAAAUCAUGGGCUAAAGAGAUGACCAAGGAGCUGGAAAGCGAAAAGCGGGUCCGGCAGAGGUUGGAGGAUGAGAAACGUGCACUCCUCUCAUUUGUGACAGAGGUUGACGUGCACAUGCGUGAGCGCACGUCCUACACUUCCUCUUUACCCCGCCUUGCGAUUAGCACGCCACGGACCUCUUUAGGAAACCCAGAAAACAAACAACGAAGCCUGGGCGCUGUCUUGAUUGAAACGUCAAACGCUAGCUUUGGAACACUAGGUGAUCUCAGAGAGGUGGAGGCGAAAGAGUAG